AUGCCUGAAAACGUGUUAGUAAUUGGAGGUGGGGGUCGAGAACAUGCCAUUGUGUGGAAACUUUCACAAAGCAAAAAGGUGGAAAAUAUUUUCACAGCUCCUGGAAGUUGUGGAAUCCAAUUGGUGGAAAAAGCAAAAAACGUGGACAUCGAUUUGAAAAAUUUCAAGAAUGUGAUCGAAUUUUGUAAAAAUCAUGCAAUAUCACUGGUGGCAGUGGGUCCAGAAGAUCCACUAGCAAAUGGAAUUGCUGAUGCUUUGCUAGCUGAAGGAAUACAGGUGUUUGGUCCACAGAAAAAUGCAGCUCAGAUAGAAUCCAACAAAGAUUGGGCAAAAACUUUCAUGAACAAUCACAACAUACCAACAGCCAGAUGGAAAUCUUUCAAUAAUGCUGCAGAGGCAAAAACAUUUAUAAACACUGCCCCAUUUGAUGCCUUGGUAGUUAAAGCUAGUGGACUGGCAGCUGGAAAAGGAGUUGUUGUUGCUAAGGAUAAAGAAGAAGCUUGCAGAGCUGUAGAUGAAAUAUUAACAGAUAAAAAAUAUGGUGCUGCUGGAGAUAUGGUUCUUGUUGAAGAACUCCUAUUUGGAGAAGAAGUGUCAGUGUUGGCAUUUUCUGAUGGAACAUGCAUUAAAGCUAUGUUACCUGCUCAAGAUCACAAGAGAAUCUUCAAUAAUGAUCAAGGCCCCAACACUGGGGGCAUGGGAGCUUAUUGUCCUUGCCCAUUAUUGAGUUCUGCACAGUUGGAGUUUGUUCAGCAUGAAAUUCUGGAAAAAACAUUAGAAGGUUUCAGGAAGGAAAAUAUUAAAUUUGUAGGUGUGUUGUACGCCGGUUUGAUGUUGACGCAAGACGGACCCAAAGUGUUGGAGUUCAACUGCCGCUUCGGCGAUCCGGAAACGGAAGUGAUCCUGCCCCUGCUCGAAUCGGAUCUGUACGACAUCAUGGCGGCUUGUUGCCGGGGUACUUUGGAAAGCCAGGAGCUACGGUGGAAAGAGAACGCGAGCGCUGUCGGCGUCGUAAUGGCUUCUAGAGGCUACCCAGAAUCAUCCAGCAAAGGCCAACUCAUAUCCGGCAUCGAACGAGUAACUUCCCUACCGAACCACGUGGUCUUUCACUGCGGCACCGCUGCUGCGACGAAAGACGGAGGCGUCGUAACGAACGGCGGCAGGGUGCUGAUUGCCGUCGCGAUAGCGCCGCAACUGGUCACCGCCGCGGCUCGAGCGACCGCCGCUUGCGAGAUCAUACGGUUCGAGGGCGAGCAGCAUCGGACCGAUAUCGCUCACAAAGGGAUCGCUAGGGCGAUUUUGCAGCACGGCCGCACUACGUACAAACAGAGCGGGGUGGACAUAUCAGCGGGCAACGAUCUGGUCGCCCACAUCAAGCCGGCCGCCCGGUCGACGGCGAGGUCGGGCGUCAUGGGCGGCCUGGGCGGGUUCGGAGGCCUUUUCGACGCCAGGGCGGCCGGGUACAAGGACCCUCUGCUCGUUUCCGGGACGGACGGGGUCGGAACCAAACUGAAAAUUGCUCAAGAAAUGGGAAUACAUAAUACCGUCGGCAUUGAUUUGGUAGCGAUGUGUGUGAACGAUGUCCUUGCUAAUGGUGCGGAGCCUCUGUUCUUCUUGGACUACUUUGCUUGCGGUUCUCUGGACAUUGACAUUGCAAAGCAAGUGGUGACAGGAAUAGCUGAAGGAUGCAGACAAGCUGGAUGCUCUCUUAUUGGUGGAGAAACAGCGGAAAUGCCAGACAUGUACCCUCCCGGCGAGUACGACCUGGCCGGCUUCACGGUGGGCGCGGUCGAGCGUGCGCAGUUGAUGCCUCGCCUAGACGCCAUCAAGCCGGGCGACUUGAUUAUCGGGCUGCCCUCCAGCGGCGUGCACAGCAACGGGUUCAGCCUGGUCCGCAGGGUGAUGAAGAUGAACGGGCUGGGAUAUGGGUCGCCGGCUCCGUUCAGUGGCGAUGGCAGAACGAUAGGCGAAGUCUUGCUCACUCCCACCACGAUCUACGUGAAAUCCGUGAUACCGGCCGCGAAGAGCGGCAAAGUGAAAGCCUUCGCCCACAUCACAGGCGGCGGCCUGGUGGAAAACAUCCCGAGAAUCCUUCCCGAAGAGGUGGCCGUGGAACUGGACGCCACAAAAUGGCGGAUGCCGGCAGUCUUCCCAUGGCUGGCGGCUGCUGGCGGGGUGUGUGAGGGGGAGAUGUUGCGCACGUUCAAUUGCGGCGUGGGGGGAGUGUUGAUCGUCGAUGGAGGAGAUGCGGAGGGAGUGUUGAGGAUGGUGGAGGUGCCGGGAGGGGCGGUGAUCGGAAGGGUGGUCGAGAAGAAGAGUGUUUCAGAACAAGUGACGGUCAAGCAUUUCUCCGACGUGAUGGAAGCCUCCAUGAGGCCUCACAUACCGAGCGUAGUUCGCAACCAGCCCGUCUCCAAGAAGAGAGUGGGCGUUUUGAUAUCCGGCAGCGGCACGAACCUGCAAGCGCUGAUAGACGCGACUCAAGAUCCCUCUCGACGAAUCGGAGCCGAGAUCGUUCUGGUCAUAUCGAACAACGCAGGCGUCGAAGGGCUGACCAGAGCCCAGCGGGCUAACAUCCCUACAAAGGUGCUGAGCCACAAAGACUACCCGAGCAGACAAGCUUUCGACGCGUCGUUGCACGCGUCGCUCGUCUCUGCCGGCGUCGAUAUAGUCUGUUUGGCCGGCUUCAUGCGCAUCUUGACGGGCGAGUUCGUGAAAGGGUGGCGCGGGCGGCUGUUGAACGUGCAUCCCGCCCUGCUGCCCUCGUUCAAGGGCACGCAUGCGCAGAGGCAGGCGAUCGAGGCGGGGGCCAGAGUGAGCGGGUGUACGGUGCACUUCGUCGAGGAGGCCGUUGACGCAGGCGCCAUAAUAGUUCAAGAAGUAGUUCCGAUAGAAGCGAAUGAUACUGUCGACGCACUAACUGAAAGGAUAAAACUAGCAGAACAUAAAGCCUUUCCUAGAGCCCUGCAGCUACUGGCAACCGGGAAAAUCGAAUUGGGCGAUGAUAAUAGGAUAAAAUGGUUGUGA